AUGUUGUGUAUGUUAUUUAAUGCUGAGACAACCUAUGAGAAGGAGUUUUGGAGCACUUACACAAAAGCGCAGCAAGGAGAGAGUAGCAGAGGAAGUGACUGGUUUCAGUUUUAUCUUACCUUUCCAUUAAUCUUUGGCCUCUUCAUUAUCCUCCUUGUCAUUUUCCUAAUCUGGAGAUGCUUCCUAAGAAACAAAACUCGAAGACAGACAGUGACUGAAGGCCACAUUCCUUUCCCUCAGCACCUUAAUAUUAUCACUCCGCCUCCACCACCAGAUGAAGUAUUUGAUAGCAGUGGAUUGUCUCCAGGCUUUCUGGAAUAUGUAGUUGGGCGCUCAGAUUCUGUCUCCACUCGCCUGUCCAACUGUGAUCCCCCACCGACCUAUGAAGAAGCCACUGGCCAGGUGAACUUACGGAGGAGUGAAACAGAACCUCAUUUAGACCCACCCCCAGAGUAUGAGGACAUUGUCAAUUCUAACUCAGCCAGUGCCAUUGCUAUGGUGCCUGUGGUCACCACCAUCAAAUAAAGCUGCAAACUUCUUUUUACUCUAAUCAUUUUUAAAAUACUAAUGAAAGGACUUUCUAGCACUUUACCACUACAUAAAUGUGCAUUGACUUAUUUUAUUAGAGUCUUAUAGCAUACCACUUCACACUUGCUGGUUUGAUUUUCUUAAUUUUGUUUCCCAUUAUAAAAUCAUUAUCCAAACUCAUUUUUGCUAGAGGAAAUAUGUGCAAAGGGAAAAGCAUACCAGUGGGGGGGUCUCCAUGGUAUGUGGUGAGAU